AUGCGCUCGACAAUCCCCAUCACGACCCUCGCCCUCUUCAUGUCCACCUUCAGCUCCGCCGCUCCCACAGAAGCCAAGCUGGAGCCGGUCCACUUCCCCCGCAGCAACCUCACCACCAAGGUCCUAUCGGCAGACACCAUGACCUGCCCCAACAGCGGCAGCAGCUGCGGAGUGGUGACCUUCGCCAGCGGGCUGUACGUUUCGUUCGGACCGGGCGUGUGCAUGCAGCUGGGCAAGAACAUCGAGUCCAUCUAUGUUGCGCACUGCUAUUGUUCUUUGUGGAGCUCGUGCACCGGCAACUCCAAGAAGGAUGUCUAUGUCGGCGGCAUGAUGAUGUGCGAAAAGCCGAAGACGUUGGAUGAGUUUGGUCAGGAGGUCAGGUUCAUCUCCUGUGGAGGACUGUAUUGA